AUGCCUGGCCCUAAGUUGCAGAAUGAUAUUAGUGAUGUCUUGCUGUACUUUAGGUGUCACAAGUUUGUGUUCACUUGUGAUAUACGACAGAUGUAUCGCCAGAUUCUGGUGGCUGAAGAUGACAAGAAAUAUCAGUUAAUCUUUUGGCGAUCCAACCCUGAUGAAUCCCUUCAAGUCUUAAAGCUAAAUACCGUCACCUACGGUCUCAACUGUUCCCCGUUCAUUGCGAUCAGAACAUUACAACAAUUGGUCAAAGAUGAGGGUCACUCAUACCCCAAGGCGUCUGAGAUUCUAACUAAAUCAAUAUUUUAUGACGACAUCAUCGCUGGAGCAGAAAGUCUUGAUGAAGCUUUGUCUGCACAGAAUGAACUCAAGAACUUGCUCGCUAGAGGAGGUUUUGAACUCCGAAAAUGGAUUAGCAACGCACCCCAACUAUUGGACCAAGUCCCAAUUGAACACAAAGAGACUCCAGUGGAGUUAACUGAAAAUAGUGAAGCCUUCUUCAGUGUCCUAGGUCUAAAAUGGACUCCAGAGUCUGACAUGCUUUCUUACAAGGUUAAGGAUGUUGAAAUAAGUGCUAUACUUACAAAGAGAAGAAUAUUAUCUACAAUCGCUAAACUGUACGAUUUACCAGGAUUUCCAGAAAAUUACGGGUGGCUAACUUGGGAUGAACCUGUUCCAAAUGAUGUUAGAACCAAGUGGCAUUCAUUCUUAGAAGAACUCCCAAUAAUUCAAGAAUUAAGAAUUCCACGCUACAUUUCUACUUCUCUGCAUACGGCUGUGCAACUCCACGGCUUCAGCGAUGCUUCAGAGAAAGGCUACGCUGCUGUUGUCUACCUUCGUGUCACUGACUCUCAAGAGAAUACAAGGCUCUAUCUCAUCGUCUCUAAAUCAAAAGUCGCUCCUUUGAAAAGAAUUUCUCUGCCACGGCUUGAACUUUGUGGCGCUCACUUACUGGGAAAACUUCUUCAAUAUUCUUCAAACAUACUCUCUGCUCAUAUGAAGAUUGAAUCAAUCUAUGCUUGGUGUGACUCCAUAAUUGUCCUAACCUGGAUACGUACUCUUCCAUACCGCUUGAAAGUCUUCAUUGCCAAUCGUAUUUCAGAACUCCAAGAAUUGGUCUCUCCUCACUCAUGGAAUUAUGUCAAAUCUCAAGACAACCCGGCAGAUUGCGCCACUCGUGGUCUUUCACCCUCUCAACUUGUGACUCACCAUUUAUGGUGGAAUGGACCGGAAUGGUUACAGUCAUCGUCAGAUUCUUGGCCUAAGCCAAAAUUCACACCUGUUAUUGAUGAUGACACUCUUGAAAUAAGGCCAAAUCCUCUAAACGUUCUAGCAACCACAGAGAAGAUUAAACUCACUGAUUUUGAUAUACUAGAAAAAUAUUCAUGUUUCAGGAAACUUGUAAAUGUCAUGGCAUAUAUAUUGCGAUUCAUUCAUAAUCUGCAAGCCAAUGAUCCCCGCAUCGGACGACUUACUUGCCAAGAAACUUCUUCAGCGAAAUUAAGAAUUUUCAAACUCAUACAAAAUACAUCGUUUAAGGAUGACAUCUCUGCUCUCAAAAAGGGAUCUCAAUGCAGCUUAAAACUUGCUCGUUUAUCCCCAUAUAUUGAUGACAGUGGAAUAGUGCGAGUAGGCGGCAGGUUGAAACAUUCCAACCUUACACAAGAUGCGAAACAUCCAGUUUUGUUACCUAAAUCUCACUGUGCUGUCAAACUGUUGAUUAUGCAUUAUCACCUAAAGCAUCUACACGCAGGCCCUCAAUUGCUGCAGUCUAUUCUGUCUCAAGAGGUUUGGAUAUUAUCAGCCCGCAGCGUGAUAAGAUCUGUGAUUUUCAAGUGUCAAAGAUGUUUCAGACUUAAGCCUGUAAACAAACCUCCACUGAUGGGAGAUCUUCCUGAAACUCGAUUAAAACCUGUAAGGCCAUUCUAUCACACUGGCAUGGACUAUAGUGGACAUUUUGACAUUAAAGUUCAUUCAACUAGGAACGCUCAACGGUUAAAAUCAUACCUCUGCCUCUUUGUAUGUUUUGCUACGAAAGCUGUGCACCUAGAAAUUGUAACAGACCUAUCUGUAGACUCCUUCAUAGCUGCACUAAAACGUUUUGUUUCUCGUCGUGGAUUGUGUGCCCACUUAUACUCAGAUUGCGGAACUAACUAUGUUGGAGCCUCAAAGCAACUCAUGAAAACCUUUCAGAAUUUCAUCAAGGAAUCAAACACUAAAGAUGCUCUUAACAACUUCGCGUUGGAUCACUCAAUAAAUUUUCACUUUCAACCACCAGCCGCUCCCCACCAAGGAGGCCUAUGGGAGAGUGCUAUAAAAAGUUCUAAAUAUCAUCUGAAAAGAGUCAUAGGCGAUAGAGUUCUAACACUAAUGGAAAUAAUAACACUCGCUACACAGGUGGAGGCUGUACUAAACUCGAGGCCCUUAACAGCGUUAUCCGCUGAUCCAUCUGACAUCUCAGCCCUUACUCCGGGUCAUUUUCUUAUCGGCACUUCUCUUGUGGCAGUACCGGAACCAAAUCUUGAAGAAGUUCCCGAAAAUCGUCUCAACCAUUGGCAAACUGUACAAGCCCUACAUCAACGCUUCUGGCGACGUUGGCAUCAAGAAUAUUUACAUCAGCUACAACAAAGAAAGAAAUGGCAAAAGCCCAACAAGAAUCUAGAAGUGGGUGAUCUCGUUAUAAUUCAGGACCCUAGAACACCACCGCUACUUUGGCCUCUUGGACGCAUAGUGAAGACUUCGCCUGGAUCAGACGGCAUCGUCCGAGUUGUCACCAUCAAGACUCAGCGAGGAACCUUCUGUCGUCCUGCUACCAAGGUGUACCCGCUCCCCUGA